CUGUUUUGAGCUGUUCGUUGUCCAUUUUGUAUAUUUGUGUUUUCUAAAGUGAUAUAUUCGAAAAUGUCGUCACCUUUGGAAAACUUAGAAACCCAACUUGAAAUGUUCAUAGAAAACGUGAGGCAAAUUCGUAUCAUCGUGAGUGAUUUCCAGCCACAAGGACAAAGUGUUCUGAAUCAGAAGAUACAAUCUCUCGUUACUGGUCUGCAGGAGGUCGACAAGUUGAAGUCUCAGGUCCACGAUAUUCAUGUUCCUACAGAAGUUUUUGAUUACAUUGACCAAGGUCGCAAUCCACAGCUGUACACAAAAGACUGCAUAGACAAAGCUCUGGCGAAGAAUGAAGAGGUCAAAGGCAAGAUUGAUUCAUACAAGCGCUUCAAGAGUCAUCUGCUGUCAGAGCUAUCAAAAACCUUCCCCAAUGAAAUAGCUAAAUAUAAAGCUAUUAGGGGUGGGGAAUAGAG